CAAUUGUGUCCAUCCAGCCUGUAAUUGCUCUUCUCCUCUGGCCAAACCACUUAAUCUGACCACCCACGAUCCCUGUCCUGGGAUCUCCUCGCCAAGUUGACGCUCCUCGCCCAGCGCGGCGUGGCCGUCCUGCGGGUCGCCAGCAGAAGAACCCCGCGGUUCGCCCGGCCGUCGGUGACUGAACGCCUGCCACCGUCAGUCCAUCUCAAUCCUGCCCCUCCUCUUCUCUCCUCGCCCACCACCUCGUCUCUCCUCCUCCCUGUCGUCGUCGCCCGUCCAUUCGCAAAAAUGGCCAUCAACUCCGCCCCCGAGACCUCCCUCCUCGCCCUCCUCUACCGCUCCUACCCGACCGCCGUCUCCCCCGACGCCACGGAGCCCGACCUCCACACGGCCACACCCAAAAUCUUCCCGCAGACCAACUUUUCCGUCGCGGAAGAGGCCGACAUCCAGCAAUGGCUGGCCACGAUCUCGGGCCUGCAGACCGCCCUCGUCAAGGAUGACAAGCCUCUCGUCUCCACCAUCCUCUCCCAGAUCAACUCUCACCUGGCCGCGCGCACAACCCUGCUGGGUGCGAAGCCCUCCGUGGCUGAUAUUUCCGCCUACGCCCUCCUCGCCCCCAUCGUCGAGAAGUGGACCCCCGAAGAGCGCACCGGCGAACAGGGCUACCACCACAUCGUGCGUCAUGUCGACUUCGUCCAGAAUGCCCAGCUCUUCGGCCUGUGCAUCCCCGAGGAGGAGAAGAUCGCCAUCGACCUGAACGACGUGCGCUUCGUGCCCAAGCCCGUCGACCCCAAGGAGGAGAAGGAGCGCAAGAAGAAGGAGAAGGCCGCGGCCCAGAACGCCGACGCGGGCAAGCCCCUCGUCGUCGGACAGGGUAAGCCCGAGGCUGCCACCAAGGCCAAGGACGGCGAGGCCAAGGACGCCGCCGCGGCCGGUGCCAAGGGCGAGGGCAAGCCCAAGAAGGAGAAGAAGGAAAAGAAGGAGAAGCCGGCCAAGGCUGCCCCUGCCCCUGCCGCGCCCCCGUCCCCCUCCGUCAUCGACCUGCGUGUCGGCCACAUCCUCCGGGCCGUCAACCACCCCAACGCCGACUCCCUGUACGUCUCGACCAUCGACUGCGGCGAUGCCCCGGGCACCGAGAACACCUCUCUGGACGAGGCCACCGGCAAGACCGUGCGCACCGUGUGCUCUGGCCUGAACGGGCUCAUCCCCCUCCCGGAAAUGCAGGACCGCAAGAUCGUCGCCGUCUGCAACCUGAAGCCCGUCACCAUGCGUGGCAUCAAGUCCUGCGCCAUGGUUCUGGCCGCCUCUCCCCGUGUCGCGGAGGGCGAGGACUCGCACGCUGGACCCGUCGAGCUCGUCAUGCCCCCCGCCGAUGCCCCCGCCGGUGAGCGCAUCUGCUUCGACGGCUGGACCGAGGGCGAGCCCGAGAAGGUUCUCAACCCCAAGAAGAAGGUCUGGGAGACCUACCAGCCCGGCUUCACCACCACCGAUGACCUCGAGGUUGCCUUUGACAUGACUGCUGUCCCCGCUGUGCAGGGCCAGGAGGGCAAGCCCGCCCUGGGCAAGUUGAAGACCGCCUCCGGCGUCGUCUGUGUCGUUAAGACCCUUAAGGGCGCCGCUGUCCGGUAAAGAGGAGGGUUUCAUAGAUGAGGAAGUGGGUCAUGAAAAGGAGGAAAUAGUUUUUUUUUUUUUAAUAAAAAAAAUGAACAACGCACUCAAUGGGACAUGUCUGCUCUAUGGGAACGUAAAUAACUACCUGUGAUUGUGAUUGUCAUUGUGAUUGAUAGCGGUUAGAUGAGAAAUGAGGAUUUCUUUCCAUG